AUGUUUUUAGAUGAAAACGUUAUACAGUCUCUGUUUAAUGAAAUGGUCUUUUACCGAAUCAAGGGGCAAAGAAGAAAGCUCUUGGUGUUGAUGAAUGAUGAUGACUCGGUGACUGUGGGGAUCACUGAAGACAAUGGACAAGACAAAUUAAAGGUGGAAGAGAGAAAGAGUGUUGAGAAGUGA